AUGGACAGCAAAGAGGUAUCCACGCUAGUCAAGAACUUGGAAAAGAGCAAGACCAACGAUGAUACCGUGAUAGAAAUUUUGACGGUCUUAGAGCGGGACUUGAAGCCCACAGAGAAGCUUUUACGAGAGACCAAGGUCGGUGUGAUUGUCAACCAGUUCAAGAAGUCAGGGAACGUCCAGAUCUCUGGUCUGGUCAAGAAAAUGAUCAGUCAAUGGCGAGACGCCAUCUCACAGGAAAAGAAGCAGAAAACGCUGGCGAAAACCCCAGGUUCUCACCAUGUUGCAGCUUCCUCCACUGCUAGUAACACUUCCGAAAUGAAAGACGCACCUGGGGCUAAGAAACACGACAAGUUUGUGUCUACCAAGCCAAGAAACGCCAAAAACGACGGUGUGAUAACCGUCAUCUACAACCACAAACUACGGGACAUGGUCAUCCGAGCUUUUUACGACGCACUGGCCAAGGACAGCGAACAUCCUCCACAAUCUAUCCUUACAACGGCCAUCGCCAUCGAGAAACAGCUCAACCAGCUCAAUAACUGCGAGGGCAACGAAAAGGCCUACAAGAACAAGUAUCGGGUGGUUUACUCAAACGUCAUUUCCAAGAACAACCCCGAUCUCAAACACAAAAUAACGGCCGGUGACGUUACGCCGGAACAUCUGGUGUCGUGCGAUCCACGAGAGCUAGCCCCAGAGCAUUUGAAGAAGAAACUAGAAGAAAUUUCGAAACAGAAUUUGUUCAAUGCCCAGGGUGCUACCUUGGAGAGAUCUGUCACUGACAGAUUCACUUGCGGCAAGUGUAAGGAGAAAAAAGUGUCGUACUACCAGCUACAAACCAGGUCUGCAGAUGAACCGCUCACAACUUUCUGCACAUGCGAGGUAUGUGGUAAUAGAUGGAAAUUCUCAUAG